GUAGUUUGCUUUUGCAUAUCAGGUAGCAUUUAUGUAUGGAGAUCUCUGCUUGGAUGUUAAUGCAAUAGAGUUUUGAAAGCCAGUGGGAGACAAACCUUUUGAACUCAAUCUGGUGGCAUUUGCUUGAAAAUUCUCAACAUCCCAUUACUCUUGUCACACACAUAGGAGACACAGGUGACAGGCUUGUUACUGUACUCAUUUUCUGAGCUCAAAUGAUGGGUGCGCUUUAGGACUCAAAACCGAGUGCAAGUUACCAAUGAAGUUGCCCAAGAACUACCAGUGAACAGAAGAAGGCAGGACGUAGAACUGGGAAGUACAGACAUCUAGGAAACACAAGUAACAAAGGUUAGGGGCUCCAGAAAUAACAAGAACUUUUUUCUGAGAAACGAAGCUUUCAGACAACUGUCAGUGCUAUUGGACUUGGUGAAUACCACCUGCUCUCCUUGAAAAAAUUAUACUCUAGGAAGCUUGUGGCACCACCUCUGGAGAAUGGAGGAGGAAGCUGCGGCCUCCAUGCCCAUGCGGGGGCGGGCUAAAGUCAAAGAAGACAAAUACUGUGGGGUGUGCGGGGACAGAGCCCUUGGAUACAACUUCGAUGCUAUAUCUUGUGAAUCUUGCAAAGCCUUCUUUAGGAGAAAUGCCCCAAAAGGAUUGGAGUACUUCAAAUGCCCGUAUGAUGAGAAGUGCAAGAUGGAUGUUUCAAAUCGGCGGUUUUGCAAGCGCUGCAGGUUAAAGAAAUGCUUUGAAAUUGGCAUGCGGAAAGAAUAUAUCCUCACUGAAGAGGAGAGAGUCAGGAAAAGACAGAAAAUUGAGGAAAAUCGUUAUGUGCGAGUACGAGAAUUAGAGAAGCAAGGGAUCACUAUCAAAACUGAAAAUGGUGUGGUGUCCAGUUCCAUGUCCCCUUCUCGCCGUCUCACUGAUGAAGAACACCACAUGAUAGAAGAAAUCAGGAAAGCUUAUAGGAGCUCGUUAGAAAUCACAGUGGAACCCAUGAGGCCGCGGAGUAAAGAAGAGACCAAUGUCAAUGAUUUGGUCAACAUUGCUGAAAUAAGUGUUCGCAGAGUCAUAGACAUGGCCAAAAAGAUCAAGACUUUUAAAGUUCUCCCACAGACCACGCAAAUCAGUCUACUGAAAGGCGGCGCCAUAGAACUUCUCAUCCUACGUUCUGUGCUGACCUUCGAUAAAGAAAAGCAGCAGUUUUUGGAUCCAACAGACGACCCUGACACUAACAGUAUGUCAGUGGAUGAACUCAAACAAGGAGAGGGGGCCCUCUUUGAGGAACACAUGAGGUUUGUGAAGGGGCUAGUGGAACUUAGGGCAGAUGAAACCAUGCUAAUUCUCAUGCUUUGUGUAGCUUUGUUCUCCCCAGAUCGCCCUGCACUGGACAAUAAAGGUAUAGUGAGCGAGGAACAAGAAAAAUAUUCAUUGCUUCUUCAGAAAUAUUUAGAAUCAAAAUUCCCUCUUCAUUAUGCCAAAGCAGUGUUUCCGAAACUGCUAAUGAAGUUGGUAGACAUUCGGAACUUGAAUGAAGAACAUUCACAAGUGCUUCUGAAGGUAAAUCCAGAAGGCAUACAACCACUGAUGAAGGAAGUUUUAGAUUUAAACAAUACUUGAGUACUACGUAGUACAAGGAAACAAAAUAAACCUCAGCCAACCAGAGGCACCAUGUUAGACUGUUGCCUUGUGUACAUACCUAUACAUGCACUGGACUUCACAAGGACUUAGUGGACUGUGAAUGAAGUGACACUGAGAGUGAAAUGUGCAUGUUGAGGAAAUGUCAGGAAAUAAUUAACUCGACACACUUAAGCAACACCAGCUUCAAUCAUUGUUGGUUUAUUUACCUACAACUGGGAUGUCAUGACAAACUGCUUCUUUCACUUAUCUUAUUACUUAUGAAAGUUCACAGAGGGGCUGGCCCUGCCAGACCUUUGUGCCAAUGUGUCUGUGUCUACACCAAAUACCAGUACCUACAUGUGAUAUCCCCCUCUGUUACACAGUUAACCUGCCAAGGUAGAUCUUUCUCAAGAGAGAUCUGGAAUACCUUACUGCUGAAAAUGUGGAAAUUAUCUGCUUAGUGGAACUAGCAGUAGCUGAAUUUAUGUUUGGAUUGGUAUGCUUCAUUUUUAAAAAUUCUGAAUACUAUUAUCCUGAAGGGAAUUCUUUCAUCACAGGGGUUGAGAUUAAAUGAUAUCAUUAUUGGUAUUUAUUGUUAUUAUUUGUGCAUUUCUGGCAUUACACAUUGGUGUACAAAGAUAGGAGGGUUGAAAUGUUCAGCAACUUGAUGCAUUCACUACCUCCAAGAAUUUUCACCAACCACAUGGUAGAAUUCCCAUUGCUCCUAAAGAGUAUAUACCAAGUGCAAGGGACCUGUCCUACCUUUAAUUUGUCUCUGCUUCAAUGCAGAGAAAUGUAGUGCCUGCCUGAGAGAAAACAGCACUGCUAUUGCUGUACUGCUGCUUAGCUUUUCUAAUUUCACAUAUUUUAGUACAAGUAAAGCAACUUGUAAAAUUGUUGUUGUAAAAUUUUAACUGUUGCUUAUUCUUUUAAUCUUUGUUAUGAGUAAGAUAACAAUACUAUAUAUAAAUAUAUAUAUAUAUACACACACACACACACACACAUAUAAAUGAUUUACUAAAAUUAAUAAAGUAACCGUUUGAACUUGAUUUGAACAUCAGGGACUUUGUUAUGAUAAUGACAAUGUUACCACUGUGUAUCUGAUGACAAACUCUUGUCAUUUGAAGCAUCUAUUAUUUAGUUGUUAUGGCUAUACAACCUGUUCUUGAAAAAACACUUUCCAUCAAGUUGAGUGUUUUAGGUAUUCUUGUCUGUCUUUCUUAAACUUGUAUGUGUAGAAUACUUAAGCUGUAGGGUAAUCAUAGCCAAGAAUUCAUCAUAUUUUUAUAAGUUGAAACUUUUUACCCCUAGAGAAGAAAAGUUCUGUUAAACCAUAUAUAAUAUGGUAACAUUUUUGUUUUUAUUUGUAUUGUGAUGUAAACAAUGUUGCCAUUAAUGGGAAUACAGAUAUACAACUGCUGUAGAAUGUCCAACCAAGCAUGUGCACCUAGCACUACAAUAUGUUAACAAUGGAAGAACACGCAUAAUAACGGGUUUUAAGUGACAUGCAAGUAUGUAUGCGAGCUUACUUCCAGUGGCUCCAUUACCGUCUGAUACUGCUGAUUUUAGGGAGGUCCUACAACACAGGGACAAUAACAUAGUUAGGAGUUUGCAUUUUACAUAAAUCAAAAUGCUAGUCAUAGUAGAUGUAGAUAUAUAUAUAUAUAUACAUACGUACGUAUAAGAGUGAAUAAGUAAGCUCUUUCUUUCUGUGGAAAUAUGGCCAGUCUCAGUGGAAAGUAGUGUUCUGCAUGUACAUGUUGCGUGUGAAAAAUUGGCAUCGACACUACAUUUGGAUUGACAAUAUUGUGUGUGUGUGUAGUGCAGCUACAUUGCUGACCAUUUUGCUCUGCCAUGUUUGUUUCAGUUAACACAACUUAGGUGUGUCAGAAAUAAAAUCAAAAUUUAUUUUGUAAUUAAAAGGUGCAAAGUGUGACAUUAAGUUAAACCUUUAGGUGCUCAUUAUAUCACUUGAAUAUAGUUGUACUCUGUAGACAGUUUGCUCUUGUUUUACAUUUUUUUUUUAUCCAAUGUACUAAACAUAUGUUGAUGUGUUAAUGAAAUGCCAAGACACGCCUUUAUGAACAGCUAGCCAGGCCAUGCGACACAGAAUUUUACUAAUUGAGUUUUAGAGAAGAGGUGGUCAUGAAAUUUAACUUGUUUUAUUUCAAGCUUUUUAAAGAGCUUACUUGGUGGUGUUUGUACAUUUUGGGUCAUUUUAUUUCUGUCUCCGGUGUUGUGCUGAUGCCAAAAUAUUCUAGAAAUGCUUCAUAGGUCAUGUGGGUGAGAGUGGCACACUGGCAGCAGAUUUAUACAUCAUUUCAUAAUUUAUCUUUUAAAUGUUUUAUUAUUUCUUCAUGCAUGCAAACACAAGUUCUCAACUUCAAUAGAUUUCUAUUACAAAAACUACUGGUACCUUUAAAUGGCUAGUACUCACUUUGAUUAGUCCAGCUGAAUAGUGUACAUAUUUUUGCAAUGAAUGCUGAUUCUGUAUGCUUCGUACAUCUAUAUGAAUAAAGUAUGGAUGUGAUUUAGGAA